GUUAUCCAAUCAGGGACGUUGGACUGGGAACUGUCCAAUCAGGCACACAGCUGGAGCGGACAAGGGCGGCUUCCGGGAUAUGGCGGGGCCUUUGUCUCUUGCUGCCGCUGGAGCUGCAGGUCUGUCUUCACUGAUCUGUAUCCUCUGCUCCUAGAGGCCCCGCGUUUGUGGCGCUGUUACCAGCAGGUAUUGGAGAUCCACAGCUAAGAUGCCGGGACCCCCUAGAAGCCUAGAAAUGGGACUGUUGACAUUUAGGGAUGUGGCCAUAGAAUUCUCUCUGGAGGAGUGGCAACACCUAGACAUUGCACAGCAGAAUUUAUAUAGAAAUGUGAUGUUAGAGAACUACAGAAACCUGGCCUUCCUGGGUAUUGCCGUCUCUAAGCCAGACCUGAUCACCUGUCUGGAGCAAGGAAAAGAGCCCUGGAAUAUGACGCGACAUGAGAUGGUGGAUAAGUCCCCAGGUAUAUGUCCUCUUUUUGCUCAAGACCUUUGGCCAGAGCAGGGCAUGGAUGAUUCUUUUCAAAAAGUAAUACCCAGAAGAUAUGAAAAAUAUGGACCUGAGAAUUUACAGUUAAGAAAAGGCUAUAAAAGUGUGGAUGAGUGUAAGGUGAACAAAGAAGGUUAUAAUGGACAUAACCAGUGUUUCACAACUGCCCAGAGCAAAGUAUUUCAAAGUGAAAAAUAUUUGAAAGUCUUAUUUAAAUUUUUAAAUUCAAACAGACAUAAGAUAAGACAUACUGAAAAGAAAUCUUCUAAAGGUAAAAAAUGUGUCAAACCAUUUUGCAUGCUUUCACAUAAAACCCAACACAAAAGCAUUUAUCAUAGAGAGAUGUCCUACAAAUGUAAAGAAUGUGGAAAAACCUUUAAUUGGUCCUCAACCCUUACUAAUCAUAGGAAAAUUUAUACUGAAGAGAAACCCUGCAAAUGUGAAGAGUAUGGCAAAGCUUCUAAGCAACUCUCAACCCUUACUACACAUGAAAUAAUUCAUGCUGGAGAGAAACUCUACAAAUGUGAAGAAUGUGGUGAAGCUUUUAAUCGACCCUCAAAUCUUACUACACAUAAGAUAAUUCAUACUGGAGAGAAACCUUACAAGUGUGAAGAAUGUGGCAAAACAUUUAUCUGGUCAUCAACCCUUACUGAACAUAAGAGAAUUCAUACUAGAAAGAAACCCUACAACUGUGAAGAAUGUGGCAAAGCAUUUAUAUGGUCCUCAACCCUAACUAGGCAUAAGAGGAUGCACACUGGAGAGAAACCCUACAAAUGUGAAGAAUGUGGCAAAGCUUUUAGCCAAUCCUCAACCCUUACUACACAUAAGAUAAUUCAUACAGGAGAGAAACGCUACAAAUGUUUAGAAUGUGGCAAAGCUUUUAAGCAACUCUCAACUCUUACUACACAUAAAAUAAUUCAUGUUGGAGAGAAACUCUACAAAUGUGAAGAAUGUGGCAAAGGUUUUAAUCGAUCUUCAAAUCUUACUACACAUAAGAUAAUUCAUACUGGAGAGAAACCUUACAAGUGUGAAGAAUGUGGCAAAGCUUUUAUCUGGUCCUCAACCCUUACUAAACAUAAGAGAAUUCAUACUAGGGAGAAACCCUACAAAUGUGAAGAAUGUGGCAAGACAUUUAUAUGGUCCUCAACCCUAACUAGACAUAAGAGGAUGCACACUGGAGAGAAACCCUACAAAUGUAAAGAAUGUGGCAAAGCUUUUAGCCAAUCCUCAACCCUUACUACGCAUAAGAUAAUUCAUACUGGAGAGAAACCCUACAAAUGUGAAGAAUGUGGCAAAGCCUUUAACUGGUCCUCGACUCUUACUAAACAUAAGAUAAUUCAUACUGAAGAGAAACCCUACCAAUGUGAGAAAUGUGGCAAAGCCUUUAAGCAGUCUUCAAUCCUUACUAACCAUAAGAGAAUUCAUACUGGAGAGAAACCCUACAAAUGUGAAGAAUGUGGCAAAUCUUUUAGCCGGUCUUCAACUUUUACUAAACAUAAGGUAAUUCAUACUGGAGUAAAACCCUACAAAUGUGAAGAAUGUGGCAAAGCCUUUUUCUGGUCCUCAACCCUAACUAAACAUAAGAGAAUUCAUACUGGAGAGCAACCCUAUAAAUGGGGAAAAUGUGGCAAAGCUGUUAACCAGCCCUACCUCACCACGGAUAGGAUAACUCAUUGGAGAGAAAUAUUGCAAGUAUGAAUAAUGUGCCAAAGCCUAUGAAAGUCCUCAAUUCUUAGUAGAUAUAAGAUUAUUCACACUGGAGAGAAACUACAAACCUGAGGGAGGUGCUGAUGCUUUUGACAAUACCUCAAACUUUAAAGAAAAUCAUUCUGCUGAAAAAUCCUAGAAAUGUGAAGAUGUGACAAAGCCUUUAAAUGAUUGUCACACUUGAUUGUAGGUAAGAUAAUUCAUACUGGAGAACUACCAGUGUGAACAAUGUGGCCAGGCUUCGAACCAAUGCUCACACCUUAUUGCACAGGAAAGCAUUUAUACUUCAGAACAAAUGUACAAAUAUAGGCAAAGUAAAAAAGCCAUUAAUGCCUGCCCACAUCUUACUCAAAAUCAUAGAGUUCAUACUAAAUAAAAGCAUUAAAAU